UAUUCCCACUGAAGGUCCCGAGGCGAGUGUGUGUCCCCAUCAUGCCGCUGUUUGGUAAAUCCCACAAGAAUCCGGCGGACAUCGUCAGGACCUUGAAGGAAAACCUGGCCAUCCUGGUCAAGCAGGAUAAAAAGACGGACAAGGCGUCUGAGGAGGUGUCCAAGUGUUUAGUUUACAUGAAGGAGAUCCUGUACGGCAGCAACGAUAAGGAGCCUCACACCGAGACGGUGGCCCAGCUGGCCCAGGAGCUGUACAACAGUGGCCUGCUGAUCUCGCUGGUAGAAAACCUGCAGGUCAUAGACUUCGAGGGGAAGAAGGAUGUGUGUCAGAUCUUUAACAACAUCCUGAGGAGGCAGAUCGGGACGAGGAGCCCCACUGUUGAAUAUUUUGGCUCCCACCAGGAGGUCCUCUUUAUACUGCUGAAAGGGUACGAGACGCCUCAGGUAGCGUUGAAUUGUGGGAUUAUGCUGAGGGAGUGCAUCCGCCACGAGCCGCUCGCCAGGAUAGUCCUCCACUCGGAUCAUUUCCACAGUUUCUUCAACUACGUGGAGAUGUCCACCUUCGACAUCGCCUCCGACGCCUUCGCCACCUUCAAGGAUCUCCUGACAAGACACAAAGCGCUCGUGGCCGAAUACCUCGAACAGAACUACGACGCUGUGUUUGCAGACUACGAGAAGCUGCUGCACUCUGAGAACUACGUCACCAAGAGGCAGUCUCUAAAGCUCCUGGGCGAGCUCUUAUUGGACCGACACAACUUCACAGUGAUGACGCGCUACAUCAGCAAGCCCGAGAAUCUCAAGCUGAUGAUGAAUCUGCUAAGAGACAAGAGUCCCAACAUCCAGUUUGAGGCCUUCCAUGUCUUCAAGGUUUUUGUAGCGAACCCCAACAAGACGCAGCCCAUCGUCGACAUCCUGCUCAAGAACCAGACCAAGCUCAUCGACUUCCUGAGCAACUUCCAGAAGGACCGCACGGACGACGAGCAGUUCAACGACGAGAAGACCUACCUAAUCAAACAGAUCCGGGAUCUGAAGAAACCGGCCUCCUAGAGAAGCGUCCCCCUCCCCGCCCCCUACCCCGACUUUUUAUUGAUAGGAAGACAUACAGUAGAAAAAAAACACAUUAACAAUAACGGUAAUUCUAUUUAAAGACAAAAAAAAAAUCUUCAAGACGUCUUCAUUCUCUCUGUUGCUUCAUUUCAACUGUGUGCAAGAGUAGUUCUCGAUCACUGAUCUUUCUUUUGUAAAUUUUUCUCAUGAAACCUUUUUUUUCUUCUUUUUUUUUCAUCUGUAGCAUGUAGUGCCACAACUCAUGGUGUUGGAGGCAGCUGAUUUGCUCUGCUGGGAGAGCCGGCGGUUAAAAGCUUCGGCUGAAGUGGUCCAGUGGCUGUCGUACAGAACAGACCGGAUCUGUUAGUUUCCUCACACACGUCGAUUUCUAAGUGUUUCAAUGAAGUAGCUGCAAAUUAAAAAAAAGAAGUACUUUUUUUUUUUUUUUUAGCUCAACUUGCUUAUUUCUCACAGUGUCAUGAAAGACAACAUAACUUAGCGUUGCCAAUUCAACGAGGGAAACGAUGGAAGCAGUUUUCUGAAGUCGCGAGCACUAUACGGUAUAUAAAUGCUGAUCUGUCGCUGAUAAUAGCUUUCCAAUAUCACAGAGUUUUGGCAGUCGUUCGGCAGGUCGCUGCAGAUGUUAUCUUAUUGUGUACUGGAGCCUUAAAAGGUGCCGUUUAGAAGUUAUUGGAUUGUUGAGUCUCAUUCUCAGGUCAGCAGAUACAAAUGCUUUGGUUUGGUGGGUCGGGCUGGACCCCAAAGCCCUAGGCAUCGGUAUUUGACGUCCCAGAAAGAAUCAACCGUCUCCACAAUUGCACCAUUAAAGGAAGAGUUCACCCCAAAGUCAUAAAAUCCAUAUUUUUCCUCUUUCCAAAAACAAGGUUUCUUGAGUGACCAGGUCAUGAUUUCUGGAAAGAGAUGUUUCAAAUGUAGUUUUUUUGCGGUUCGAGCACCACAAGCCAAACCCGGUAACUCCCACCAAAACACUGUGCGGUAGCAGAUAAGCAGCCCGACACAUUAGAGGGAAAAUAUGUAUUUUUGGAUUUCGGGGUGAACUGUCCCAUUAAGUUUCAGUUCAUCCAUGACUGGUUAUGUUCUCCAUCUUCCGGCGUGACCGAAAACGAGAUCUGUUUCCCGGUUGAGGCGCGUCCACUCCCAAAUAAGCUUGAGUAAGACUGAGAACAAAGAGAGGGACGACUGGUUUUAUUCUCUGUCGCCCAAAAAUUGCCAAGGACAAGAAGUACCUGUAGGAAUAUUUGAAAAGUUUGAAAUGAAGGGCCUUUUUUUCAAAAUUGUAUUGUGACAUUGGGCUGCUAUCGGUACAGUAAGCUUAAAUCAUUGCGAUCACUGGUUCUCUUUGCUGGUGGCUAAUAGCACUUUCUGUAUGAUAAAAAUAAUAAUAAUAUGAUGAUUCAAGUGUUUUUUUUUUUUGUUAAUCUUAAAAUGAUCACUGUUUUCUCACUGCUUGAUGGUAUUUUCUUUUUAUAUAUAUAUAUAUAUAUAUAUAUAUAUAUAUAUAUAUAUAUAUAUAUAUAUAUAUAAUUUCAUUUCCUGUCAUGUACAGUUUAUGGUUUGCACACCUGAAGCGAGUGUCAUUUGCGAGUGAGAACACUGAACACGAACAGGAGGCACCUCGCCGUGUCGAGGCGAGAGGAGAGCACGGCUGUGAAGGCGGCUGUUUUUCUGUUUUUUGUGUCACUCCAAUAUAUUUUUUUUUUCUUUCUGUACUGUAACGAGUGUUCUGAACCGACACGGAUCUGAUGUUAACACGUGAGAAGAAUCAGAGGUGCCUUUUUGGUUUGGUGUUUGUUUUUCCCCCCCCCCUCUCCCUUUGUCUUUUCUUUUUUGUAUUUUCAUUAUCUUUCUAGGGGGAGCUUAAUCAUUGUGUUAAUGAAAAUAUGAUCUGGACAGAACAUAUUUGUUGUGAUUAAGCAGUGAACCUCUUAACUCACUAUAUUUGAGUUACGCUGUCAAAGGAACAUUUUAAACUUUUUUUUUUUUUUUUGCAGCUGAUUGGUUGCCCAUGUGUACAGACCAGGGGCCACAUAUUCACUUUGAGUUUGUUGCCAAAAGCCGGGCGGAUUCAGUGUGUGAAUUACAAACUGUGUCGGCGACAAACAUACCUAGAAAGCUUGUUGCAGAGUGAGGCCAAAGUUGACCUGUGACAGGAUUUCAAUUGUGAAGGAUCGUAACUGUGAAAAAAAACAAAAGUUCACCCGAAAUUAAAAAAAAAAAAAAAAUCUGUCUAUUAUCUACUCACCUCCCGUUUGAAAUACUUCUUAAAACGGUGUUCAUUUUGUUUUUGCCCUUUAGCUCUUAAAUCGGUACAUUCCUCAUCGAUAUCUGACGUGCAUCCAUUGGCUUACUUGGAGAUGUUCAAGCUAAUGUUUCCAUUCAUUGGAGAUGAAUGAAAAAUGACACAUCUCUUCAGUCUGAACAGUUUAAAGUAAGUUUAAAGACUAACGUUUGGCUGUCACUUAUUCAAUGCAGCAAAUGUGAACAUGUACAAAAGGCAGUAGUGGAGUGCAGUAGGCUGACAGUGACAGUUGUUAACUUGUGAAUUGCUCUUCUGCUUUGUCGUUUCAUCCGGCAUAAAAGAAAAACAGAAAAAAAAAAAA